AUGUUGUACGUCUAUGGACAAUUGCCCCUUCAAACACUUCUCAUUGUGAUGGAUGCCACCUUUUGGCUCCUCACAUACUUUCUCAUUGAGUUUCUUUCAAUCAUAAGUAACCCUUGCACACAAGUAGCUUCCAUAAUCACAUCACUUGGAGGGUUUUGGAAGUUUUUUUACUCCGAGGGCUUACGCGCGCGCAUGCGCAAAACAAAACUUAAUGAAUAUGAAAUUAAUCCAACAUCACCUGAAUCUCCAACACAAGAAAAAACUGUGAACAAAAGUGAUUUUGAUAUUGAGCUCGGAGCCGAUGAUUUCAAAGUGACCACAACAGAAGAAGGAAACAACAACAAUGAAGAUAAAAAUAACAAUAACCAUAUCAAUAUUACUAAUAUCAAUAAUAACAACAACACUAAUAACUUCAACGACAGAUUGUUUGAGUUUGAACACGCCAAAAAAACAUUUCACUACCCAACGUUGUUGUUGUUUUUUGCUUGUAUCAUUUGCACUACAUAUGGGUCCAAGGUGUUAAAUUUGAUUCUCUCACAAAAUGUGGCUCCUUCAGCAGAAAGCUUGUAUUUACCCGUAAAAGAUGCUGCCAAAAAGGAACUAAACUUGACUACAGAUACUUCAACAUUGAUUCCAGAUGAUUUUGACAUCAACAGCCGCUGGUCUAGUGAUACAAUUUUAUACAAUAUUAAUGUGGACUAUCAUGAAGUGGAUGAAUUUGAAAACAAAAUGGAAAGAGUUCAAUUUAAUGACACAGGAUUUGCAGAUUCAUUUCUCCUUAUGGGUGGUCUUUUAUUUUCGUUUGAAGUAGAACCUGGAUCUCAUUUAUCUUGUGGCUCAAGUGAUAAGUGGACUGAAACAGUCAUGAAAAAAGGAUCAGAAGUCAACCAGCUUAAUCUUCCAGCAGUCCCCCUUUUCCCACAAGCAUGGUGUUUGAAUAGUACAGUCAAUGACAGCUCAUUGAACAUUGACUUUUUGGAUUUAAAGCUUGAUUCGGAUCGCAUGAGUUCACCAGGGGACAAUGUCACACUUUUUGGUGUUGACAGGAAAAACAAGCAGAUCUACGCAAACACAAUUGUGUAUGAGUCUUCCAAUUUCUCCCAAAGCUAUUUAUAUGAUGUUCUCGAUACAUAUAACGAUAUCCCCAUUGAUUAUCUUUCUAGUUUGUUUGAUCAUCUUGGCUGUGAUAUAUCGUUGGACAACUAUAACGUCAUGUUCAACUCAGAUAACAACCAAACCAGCUAUGAUGUCACAUCAAAUAUCACCGAUGGAUUAGCAACUUUUAUAAACACAUGGUUCAGCACCGAUGUCAGUUUCACACUUGGAUUUACUCUCAAAGACAACUCAACUAUUCACUCUGUUAAUGGUACAUUAUAUAACCGAGUUAUCAUGGCAUAUUUUGCACACGAUAAACAGUUGACGGUGACACAGGCAUUUUAUCGUGGCCGUCUACUCCGUUAUGACAUUCAUGAUACAAAUGAUGACAAUUUCAUAAGUCAAUGGAACAGUUCAAUGUCGGAUCCAAUAUAUUACGCUGAUGUUCAAAUUUUGCCACUUGCUGUUAAUAUCAAAGUCAGUCCGUUUGUAUUUGGGGUGAUUGAUAAAGUUUUUGGGCUCAACACUGUUGGAUAUUCUAGUGUUGGGUUUUAUUUUGCGGGAAGACUUCGGUACAAUGUGACAUCGAUUGUUUGUUCUAUUCUUGCAGUUUUUGGUCUUUCCAUGUUUUUGUUUAUUCUUUGCAAAAUCAUUUUGUAUAAGUUUCCUCAGGGUAUUCCGUCGUAUUAUAGUCUUUUACAUCAGUAUCAUGAGAGACAAACAAAAGUUCAACGGCCAUAUGAUGCCGAAGUAGAACGCAGAUCGUUAUUUUCAAUCAUUGAUAAAGCAUAUGAAGGAGUUGGUUAUGAUGUUGAUUUGCAGCGAAAUAGGCUGGGUGUUCUUGAUGAGGCUACGUUGAAAGCUGGUGUGAAACGUGAAGGAAUUAUAAGAAGGCGCUUGUUUUAG